CUCGGCAAGUACGUGCCUCAGGAUGGCCCGUCCUAUGGAUCCACUGGCAAAGAAGAUCUUUAAAGGAGUUUUGGUAGCUGAACUUGUGGGCAUUUUGGGAGCAUAUUUUUUGUUUAAAAAGAUGAACACAAGCCAAGAUUUCAGGCAAACAAUGAGCAAGAAAUUCCCUUUCAUCUUGGAAGUUUAUUACAAAUCCAUUGAACACUCUGGAAUGUAUGGCAUCAGAGCGCAAGAUCAAGAAAAAUGGCUGAACAGCAAAAAUUAGGAAUUUGACCAUCGAUCAAAGUUUGCCCUGUUUUGUAGUAUCAGGCAAGAUUAAAAUCCCAAAGUUGACACGGAUGGAUUUUAGACUAUUUAAGUGUAAACUCUAAUUAAGUCAGAGGUUUUGUUCUUUGGACUAUGAAGAAAUUGAUGGAAGGUUUGUUUAUUAUGUGAUAAAUGGAGUUUUGUUUACUACUCAAAAUAAACCUGUUCUUUAA